AUGAAAGAACCGCAAAGAUCUAGAGACCCGCCAGAGACCUCUAGAAAACAGUUCCGCACGCCGAGGAGGCCCAGUCCGCGGGGUCCGACAACUGCCUUGAAAAACACAACCGCGGCACGGAACCGAUCACCAGAGUCGUCGUCGACCUCAGCGAGCACUCGCAAGCGAAUAUCGUUGCCACCAGUUCAAUCCACUCUCACACAAAUCGAUUUUGUGACGCAGCCGUCACCGUUAGAUGACGACGAACUCAGCUACAUUGGUUACCACGACACACGCAACAACACCGAAGGCGCAGGGAAGCGGUCGAGGAGAGAUGAUGACCAGGACAGGGACUUGGACUAUCGCCCGGUACCACCGGCCCGGUCAGCUCGUAUCUCCAUGUUCGGAGCAAAUGAACGAGCGCGGGAUACAAGUGAACGCCAACAGAAGCGAAGGAGCCUUGGUAUAGCCAGUCGAGACGCAGCCCGAACGCCUGGACCACGGAGGAACGAGACACCGAGACCAAGUGCACGCGCAAAGGGCGGCCGUAAGGCCCUGGAGAAGUCGACGGGCAAACGAGACAAGACCUUAACUCAGAUGGACUUCGUUCGACGCUAUAUUCCCCUUGACGAUGACGACGACGAUGUGAAUAUGGGUUACAUCCAGCCGACACCGCAGAAUAACGAUAGGAACAAAAAAACUGAACAAGAAGAUACGCCGAAGCCGAAGGCUUCACAGACCGCGAAGCGUACGACUCCCGCCAAACGAAAACGCAGAGCCUGGGAAGAAGAGCUGGAUCUCUCGACCGGGGAACCUAUAUCUCAACCAGCAGAAGCACAAGACUCGAAUGCUGGAAGUCCAAACAGAGGCGCGGGGACAUCUACGGCACCUGUUACUCCACAGAAGUCUCGAAUGCGCGAGAUUCCUUCUUCACAGACUCCUGAAAGUCCUGGUUUGGCCGUUAUAACCUCAUCCCAAUUCCGCAGUGCUACUCGUUCGCCUUCGAAACAGAGACCACGGAACCCCACAAAUAAUCCUACACAGCCCAUUAAAGAAGAACCGUCCGAUGCCCGGCAGGUAGCAGAGGAAUCACAAGAUCCUGGCGGCGAAUAUUUACCGCCGACAACGAAAUUCGGAUCUCGAAGUAUACAUAAUCGUUCGAGUCCGCCUGUUCCCACAACAAUUGAUGAACAGUUCCCUUCAUCUGCACCUCCAACGCAGUCUUCGUCGCAGGGAAUCCCAAGUGAAGGAGACACGACCGCGAGAAAUGGACUUACCAAAAGGAAUAGGACAGUCGUCUAUGAGACGGAUGCGGAGUCAGAUUACGGAGACUUUGAUGACAGUCUCAGCACCCUCUCCCUGACGCCAUCCCAGACAAGAACACCCCGACCAAGCGGCCCACAAGCGAGUGCACAGGUGACCCAAAACAUCCCAGACUCGCCUAAGGACGGUUCCCAAGAACUGCCUCGGGCAAACGUCCGAUCAAGCCCUGAUUUGGAUGAUGUCCCUACGUCCGAAGGCCCGAUGUCCGAUGCAUCAAUCUGCUAUCGGAGAAUGCAUGCGGCGACACAAUUCCCACAUGAGCCUAUCCCAGUUUUGAAUACACAAAAGAUGUCCGAGCUCUUUCCUCAGGAGGGCAGCAUCCAGUAUUCGAAACCGGAGCCAUCGGGGCCUGUUCAAAAACAGGUACCGGGGCCAUUUCUGCAGACGCAAACACAGAGCCAAACGCAGAGCCAAACGCAAAUGCAGAGCCAGGAAGGAGACAAGGAGUCCACUGAUAUGGUUCCUGAAUCGUCGCCUAUUCGGGGACGAGAAUCGACUCAGGGUGAAUCUUCAUUCCAACGACCCCCUGUUCCUGGCUCAGAGGUCCAAGUCGAGUCAUCGCAGGCGGUGGAUCGAGAUCCUUCAUGGCAAGGUCUGAUCUUGUCUCGGAGCCAGCUAUUGACUUCCAGCGUUAUGGAGAGUAUUCCACUCCCGAACUUUUUGAUGGGAAGUCAGGAGAGUGUAGGGUCGCCUUACAGCUUACCUGAAGGAUGA